UUUCCAAUUAUCUGGUAUUUCAUCUACUAAAAAACAACGAGAUAGAAGUGGGAGUUGGAUGGCCAAAUGCUGCAAACUGCAUCAAAAAAAUGCUCGAAAUCCAGUGAAGCCGAAGAAUAUUCAAAUGGUGGUCUCCUCCACUGCGCUCACCUCGUCCUUCCAUGGCUGACCUCCCUCGAACUCGCAAACAUUUCUCUCUCCUGCAAAUCCCUCAACGCCGCAUCCAAAUCCAUCACCCUCCGCCGCAUUCUCGACGCUUCUAGAUCCAUCGAGCCCCUCCCCAUUCCCUUCCACAGUUCAAUCGACAACCACCCCUACGCCUUCUUCCUUUACGCCCCCGCCGCCAUCGUCCCCAAUCUCCACUCCGAUCGCCGACAACCAUGGGGCUCCAUUUCCGAUCCCGGGCCGGACCAUCUCCAGACCGAAUCCGCGAGUCUGGUCCUCGCAUCUGGAUGUCAUUGUGAGAAUUGCGCGGAUUCCGAGUUCGAAUGCCCCUGUUCGAGUCUCGAUGGGUUAGAGGAUGUUGCUAGCGAGUGCGGACCGCGGUGUUCUUGUGGGCUGGAGUGUCAAAAUCGGCCGACUCAGAGAGGAAUUUCUGUUCGAUUGAAGAUUUUGAGAGAUGAGAAAAAAGGAUGGGGUCUGUACGCGGACGAGUUGAUUCAAGAAGGGUCUUUCGUUUGUGAGUAUGCAGGUGAACUUUUAACCACUGGAGAAGCAAGAAGGCGGCAGAAACUAUACGAUGCACGGGCAUUAGGUGGGCGUUUUGCUUCGUCUCUUCUCGUUGUGAGAGAGCAUCUUCCAUCUGGAAAUGCAUGUUUGCGAAUUAACAUCGACGCAACACAAAUUGGGAAUGUUGCGCGGUUCAUAAAUCACUCUUGUGAUGGAGGUAAUCUAGCAACAAGAUUGGUGAGAAGUGCAGGCGUUAUGUUGCCUCGCCUUUGUUUCUAUGCUUCAAGAAUGAUAACAAAAGAUGAAGAGCUUACAUUUAGCUAUGGCGAUAUCAGAUUGAAGCCCGAAGGUUUGAAAUGCUUCUGUGGUAGUUCUUGCUGUUUGGGAAUUCUGCCUUCAGAAAACACAUAAUUUUACUUUCUGUUGUAUACUUUCUUCACGUUAGAUUGGAUGAACAUUAAUUUCAA